AUGAUAAGUAUUUAUGUUCAGAUUCUUCUAAUAAUUAUUUUUUGGAAUUCUGAUUGCCAGAUUAUUCCCAGGAUUGAAGAAUGUGGACUUUCAUGUUCUCAGGGGAUUCAUUGUAAAAGCAAACCUUCCAGUGGCAUUUUUAACAGCUUCUGCCAUGAUGCUCCUGCAUCUUUAUCUUCUAUGGUACUGAAAAGCAUGAAGAUCUCAACAGUGAUGAAAUGUGUCCAAGGAAGCCAAUGCUCUCUUCAUUUAAACAUUAAAGGAACUUUGAGUCUGGAUGAAAAUAUCCGUGGGCUGGAAAUAUGUUCUCUUUCACUGGAUACACAGCAAUCUCAGUGCACAAAUGUGAGAUUUGCUAGGAAAAAAAGCAAGAUGCUUAAUGGAAAGAAGGUACAGGUACAAUUCAAUUGCAUUGAAGUCAAGGUAGCACAACACAUCUAUGUGACCAUGAAAACAGUACCAAAUUACUGUGAAGUCAAGCUGAGUCAGGAAUACUAUGUUGAAGAUUGCAGAAACAGUGAUGUGGGAAAAUAUAUUUCAGAUUGUUCAGCUGGAAAGUUUGAUUAUAAUGUAGACAGAGCAAGGAAAAUUAUAUCAGUGAAUGUAUCCAACUUUCUUCAAGAUCAAGAUUAUUACGUUCGCCUGUGCCACAAAUGGUUUACCUGUGAAGAUGCAGGGGCAUUUGCUGUGAUAAAAGGGAAGGAAUCUUUAAAAUCAGUUUCUCUGAAAUAUUCUCAGCUACUUCCUUGUCUUUGCAUUGAGGGUUGGCUGGCAAUUCCAGAUGCAAGGAGGAUACAACUUUGCCCCUUUGAAAAUGAUACGAAGGUGCUAUGGGAUAAUAUUGUUUACAACCCAGUGACACAAACCCUAGCUUGGGAGCCAGCCUGUCCUGUGCUUGUCAUGGUUAACCUAUGCAGGUUAACGAAGUCUAACAACCACUGUGAAGAUAUACAAAACUCUUCCAAAAAUUCUUCUGAGAAAGUUAAAUAUUCUCGUGUAGACACUCACCCGAGACUUUGCAUGAAGUUUACAACCAAGCAAGGCUCUUGGGUUAAAUGUCCAUUUGCUCAUGGAGAAUUUCCAGCUUGGAAAAUGAGAACUGCUGCAGCUGCAGAACAAAUACAAGUUUACUUCACAUCCCAAACCAAGGCACAGUUCUCAGUGCUUGUGUGUAACAGGACACAGCUGGCCUCAUGUGAAUCUGUUGGGACGCACCAUUCAGUCUCUGUGGGCUGGAGGACAGAUGUAGAUUAUUCAGUUCCACUGCAGAUAUGUGAUAUCCACUGUGAUUUUUGCGGUCAGACAUACGGUGAUGGAAACCCAGCAAAGGCCAUGACACACAGAAUGAAGAGCGUGCAUUCCUUGCAUUGA